AUGCAAACAUUUACGGCGGAUCACCGCCCGACGAAGGCGGUGUCACGCGACGCGAUCCGCGACCCGGAACACCGGAAAGCGUUCCGAUUUGAGCAUUUCAACGCCAUGCAGAGCGCCUGCUUCGACGCGCUUUACAAUUCCGACACAAAUUACGUAAUUUCAGCCCCCACGGGGUCCGGAAAAACCGUAAGUGGAAUUUAUUUUCGCCUUCCACUCCAGCCCAGUGCGCCGCCCCGACAGGUCCUCUUCGAGCUCGCGAUCCUGCGCCUGCUGGAGCGCCGCAGCGCCCAAGAGCGCAGCGAGAAGCAAAGAGUCAUUUGCCUGUGCCCCACGAAGGCCCUCUGUGCAGAAAGAGCUCGAGAAUGGUCCGAUCGUCUGGGGCCUCUGGGCAUGUUUUGCUUCGAGUGGGUCUCCUCGUUUGCUGCUGCAGCGCAGCAGCAGCUGCAUUCAACUCUGCUGCUGCUGCCGCAGCAGCAGCAGCAGCAGAUGAACUCAACUUUGCUUCCCAGGCUCACCGCCGACACUCUGGAGUCCCCGCAGGCGCUGCCGCGCGCGCUAGCCGCUGCAGACAUCAUUGUGGCCACCCGAAGCCGUGGUCGCGAGGCUGCUGCUGCUGCACCGCAGCUCCACAAGGGGCCCCCCGGGGGGCCCCCGGGGGGGCCCCCCGGGGGGCCCCCCUCGAUUUGUUGCAGUGUCUGCCACUGUGGGGAAUGUGCAGCAGCUGUCGGAGUGGCUGUGCGGCUGCUGCUGCAGCUUCAGCAGCAGCUACCGGCCGGUGGAGCUGCAGUUUUGAACGCAGUCUGGACAAGAAAGUCCCCGAAGUCCUCAAGGCCCACAGCCAGGGCCGCCCCGCCCUCGUUUUCUGCGUCACCAAAAAGGGCUGCGAAAAUGCCUGCGAGGCCCUCGCGCAGGCGGGGCUGCUGCUGGUCAGCAGCAGCAAGCAGCAGCAGUGAGCCUGCUGCUGCUGCUGCUGCUGCUGCUGCUGCUGCUGCUGGCGCUGCUGAUUGUGUGAUGGUGGUGAUGGUGAUGGUCAUGGUGGUGAUGGUGAUGGUGAUGAUGAUGAUGGUGAUCGUGAUGGUGACGAUAAUGAGGAUGGAAAACGUUCGAGUGCUCUGCACCACCAGCACUCUGGCCCAGGGAGUCAAUCUGCCGGCGAGACUUUGCAUAAUCAAGAGCACCUUCGCCUACAAAGAAGGCGUCUACAGGGAAUACGACGACAUUGAAAUGCUGCAGAUGAUCGGAAGAGCCGGAAGACCCCAGUUCGACUCCUGCGGAGUCGCGGUGAUCAUGACGAGCGAAGAGAGCUGCGGGCGGUGGAGGCAGCUGUCUUCGGGUGUACAGACAGUCAAUUCCAAGUUGAAAUUCGAAUUUAUUGAACAUUUAAAUGCCGAAGUCUUUCUCGGAACUGUGGGAAGUCUGCAGGAGGCCACGGACUGGUUCGACGCCACCUUCUGGGGGGUUCAGACGCGCGCAGCAGCAGCAGCAGCAGCAGCAAACCAAGCAGCAGCAGCAGCAGCAGCAGCAGCAGCCACACACGCUGCACACCAGUACAUCAAACAGGAACUCGACAAAUUAGAUCUGGACUCUCUGGAAAAAAUGGAAACUCAAGAUCUCCUCAGAGCCCUUCUGGAGCUGCUGGCAGCAGCAGCAGAAUUCAAAGAGCUUCCUCCCAAACGGGAGCAGAAGCGUCCGUUGCGCGAGGUGUCUAGACACCCGAAGAUGAAGUGGGCGCUGAAAGAAAGCGGAAUUACUUCAAAAGAAAAAUCUUUUGUUUUAAUGCAAGCAGCACUUUGCGGCCUUCGAGUGGAACAGGAGUGCGCGCUGGCGAAGCAGAAAGGGAAGAUCUACAGCUGUCUGCAGCUGCUUUCCCGCAGCCUCCGAACCCGAAUUCCUUGGGACGCCACGGAGCAGCUGACGCAGCUGCCGGGCAUUGGCGACCGGAUGUCUGCGCAGCUGCGCGCCAGCAACAUUUGCACUUUGGACGAAUUUGCUGCUGCUCCUGCUGCAGCAGUUGCUGCUGCAGUUGCUGCAGCAGCUGCUGCUGGUCAAGGGAGGGGUUUAAGGCUGGAGUCACUCCUACAACUCCAAAGGACUUGUGCUGCUCUCCCGAGGCUCAUUUUGAGUCUGCAGCAAAAGGGGGAAAUUGGCAGAAUAUCUUUGCUGCUGUUUACGCUGCAAGAUGAAGCAGGGGGGCCCCCGGGAGCGACCCCCAGCGAGGCCCCGCCUGCAGCAGCAGCAGCAGCAGCAGCAGCAGCAGCAGCAGCACCUAGGAUUUCCUAUCAAAUCAUUUGCUACUCAGAAGGCGGGGGAGUUCAUUUAACUCGAAGAGUCUUCGCGACUUCUUUGCAAGACCGCCAAGACUUGUAUUUCAAAAUGCCAAAAGCUGCUGCUGUCACUUGUGUUGCGCUUUGCAGAGAGUUCGUGGGGCUUGACGUCAAGGAAGAAAUGGCUGUCAAAUGCCCUGCAGCAGCCACCGCUGCUGCUGCUGCUGCUGCAGUGCCGCGGCCCCUCGUCGAUUUGCUGCAGCAGCGACCCCAAUUCGCUGCAGGCGCCCAAAGCCAGAUUGCUUCCAACAGCUCUUCUGCUGCUGCUGCUGCUGCUGCUGCUGAUUGUCCCAGGCGUGGACACGUUGCAGCAAGCCACUGCAGCAGCAGCAGCAGCAACAGUAGCUGCAAUAAGGCCCCUGCAAGGGGAGGGAUGCCAAACCCUGCAGCAGCAGCAACAGCAGCAGCAACGCACGGCAUGGCUGCUGCUUCUGAGGCCUAUAAACAGCAGCAAACCGCCAAAAAGAGUUCAGCUUUUUCAUGUGCCAGUUUAAUUGCUGCUGAAGAAAGCAUGGAGGCCUUCGCCUUUACGCAGGGCCCAGCAGCACCCAGCAGCUGCUGCAGUGGCGUCCCUGCUGCUGCUGCUGCUGCUGCAGCACCAGCGGUCUGCCACGACACAGAAGACUCACCGGCAGCAGCAGCAGCAACAGCAGCAGCAGCAGCAGCAGAGGUUGCUGCCGGGGAGCAGCAGCAGGGAGGGGAGCGCAGCAAGAGGAGCUGGGGGGCCCCCCUUGAAGGGGAGGGGCCCCCCAGCAAAAUGCUGCCGCGCUCUCUUGCGACUUUGCGCAGCAAGACUGCUGGGGAGUCUGGAAGCAAGGAGUGUCGGAGGAAAAUGGAGUUGUUUUUGGGUUCUUUGGACCUGUAA